AUGGUAUAUGCUGUCAUAUUAAAAGACCAAGUUGAUGAUAAUUUUCUUAAAAGAAGAACACACUCGAAUCAUAAACGUGUGAGAAAUAGUACAAGUAGUUAUUAUCAAAAUAAUACAUGGGGAUAUAUACCCCCCAAUGAUGAUAUAGAGAAAAAGAAAAUAAUAAAAAAUGAGAAAAGAGAAAAAUCAGAGAAAAAGAAAAAAGAAAGAAAAAAGGAAACCGCUAACAUCCUUGGAACGAACAAUAAAUAUUCCAUAUUAAAUUAUUUUGAUUUAAAAAAGAAAGAUAAAAAAAUAGAAAAUAAGAAAGAGGAUCUUAUUAAUAAUGAUUGUAAAAAUAAAGAAACGAAUAUAUUUCAAGAUAGCUUUUAUCAUAUUCAAAAUGAUGUUAAUAAGUCUAAGGAUUCCAUAGAAAAAUAUAAUAAAGUUGUAUUAAAAUAUAUUAAAAUAAUAACAAAAGGACUUAUAAAUGAAAAUAUUAUUAAAGAAAAAAUAUUGAAAUUAUUAAUUUUAUUAAAACAUGAAGAUAUCUAUUUAAAGAAAUUUUCAAAAAAAAUUUUUUAUCUUGAAAUGAAGAGGAAAUAUGGUAAUGAUUAUGGCUUAAUGAAAAAAGGAGAGAAAAAAAAAAGAGGAAAUCAUAAUAUAAAUAUCAAGGAGAAUAUAUAUAUAAAUAAUAUAUAUAACAAUAUAUAUAAUAAUAUAUAUAAUAAUAAUAAUAAUAAUAAUAAUUAUUGUUAUAAUUAUAUUACUACCAUUACCAAAUAUUAUAUUAACAAUAUUAAGAAUAAUAUUUACGAAUACAAAGUUACCUAUUGUAAAAAAAAUAAUUUACUUUUUUUUCAAUAUUAUGAUGGUCAACAAAAAUCUUUUAAAAUAUCUCAAAAUGCUUUCUACUACCUUUUAUCAAAGGAUAAUCAAUUAUUUCGUCAUAUACCACUUCAUAAACAUAUGAAAGAUGAAUAUGAUAUGGAAAAAGAUUAUGUUCAGCAAGACAUGUUGUAUCAACAUACGAAAUCAUGUACACAUAUUAUACAUCACCAUUUGGAUAAUCCUAUAUGUACAGAAAAAAAACAAAAAAUUAAUAUAAAUAAUAACAAUUAUUAUAAUGAUAUAAAAAAUAAAUAUAUAUAUACCCUAGAAAAUGAUAUACAUCAAAAUCAUAUCAAAGUUAAUGUUAUUCAUAUACAAAAUAAAAAGGAGAAUAUACAAUUUGUUUUACCCUAUAAACCAAUUAGAAUGUUUUAUUCAAAUAACUUUCUCUUUUUUGUAAACAUCAUAAACAAAUCUAAAGAUUUACAAUAUUUUACAUAUUCUAUUUAUAAUAAUAAUUAUAAAAAUCAAAUUCGAAUAGUCUACGUCUCAGCCAUUCAUCCAUUGCUUCAUGAUAUUAUUGUAGAUGAAAAUAAUUUUUCUUUAUUUAAAAAAAAAUGUAAAUAUUUUUAUGAACAAGAAAAAUUAUUUAUAUGGACAGAUAUGUCUUUACCAAAAGAGAAAAAUAAACAAAAAGAAAAAAACAGCAACAAAAAAAAUAACAACAAAAAAAACAGCAACAAAAAAAAUAACAACAAAAAAAAUAACAACAAAAAAAACAAGAACAAAAAAAAUAACAACAAAAAAAACAACACUAUAAAUCAGAUACCAAAUAUAAAUAUUAUACAUAUUAAUACAAAUGUUAAUAUUUGUAUAGCAUAUGAAAAUAUAACAGAAACUUAUUUAUUCUUUCAUAUUUCUUUUGAUAUUAUAAAAUAUAAUAAUCAAUAUUUAAAAAAAUAUCUCAAGAAAAAAGAAAAUUUGAACUAUUUUAUUACCUUUCAACAUUUCUUAAGUAUCGAAGCAAAUAAUUUUGUAUAUAAAGAAACAAAACAAAAAAACCAUCUCUUGUUACAUAACAUUAAUUUUAAUACUGAAACAUAUACACCUCAAAUUAUACUUACCUGUGGUGGAAAUAAAACGAUUCAAAAUAAAAUAAAAUUAUGUCUUUAUGAUAAUAAUAAUAAUUUAUUAUUUCUAAUACCUAUAUAUCAUAAAUAUGUAAAGGACAAAAUAAAAAUUAUAAAAAAUGUCCUAAAUUUUUCAGCAAUAUCCAUGUGUAAUAACAUGAAUGAUUUUCAUUAUUUUCCAUAUAACUUAUGUGUACCUAUAAAUAAUAAAAUAAAUACAACUCAACUAAAGCUCCAAUUUAAAAAUCUAAAACCUGAACAAACCGUUGUUAAUGUCUCGACGUCAAAUGAAAGACACAUAUACUUUUCAAACAUUUUAAAAAAAAAAAUGGAUAUAUUAAAAACUAAAGAACAUACCGAUAAUCUAGAAUAUACGUCCUCAUCAAAUCAUAAAAAAAAAAAAAAAAAAAAAAAUCAACGGGAAUCACAUAAAAAUUAUAUUUCCCUUUCUUCAGAUGAAGAGAAUAAUAUGAAAUAUGGUACUAUUAUAAAUAUUAAUCAGAUGAAUAAUUUUAUUAUAAUAUUAAAUAAAAAUGGUAUGUUAUAUUUACUAUGUGAUGAUGUUUACAUAUCCAGUAUUUAUUUAUAUAAUAACACAUCACAAAUAUAUAAUAUGUAUGAUUCUAAUUUAUCCAAUAUAACCGUAGAUACAAUAAAUUAUCAAAACAAUUCUCUAUCGUUUGAUUCAUAUAGAGUUCAUAUAAAUAUAUUACCAACAAAUAUAUCUUUAAAAAUUAUGUUAAUAUUUUUUUAUUAUUAUAUAUGUAAAAAUAUUUGUACGCAGUUCUUUACAUUAUGUAUAUAUGAAUGUAGAAAUAAUAAAAUGAAGAAUGAUGUAAAUAUAUGCGAUAGGGUUAAUAUAUUUCAUUUUGUUAAUAUUGAUAUAUAUUCAUUUUGUAAUAAAGCACAUAACUUAAUUAAACAAAAAUGUGAACACAUGAAGGAUAUAAAUGAUCAAAUGUUUAUGCAUAACAAAAAUAAUAAUGACCACAAUAACAACAACAACAAUAAUAAUAAUAAUAAUAAUAAGAAUAAGAAAAACAUCUGUGGUAAAAUGAAGAAUAUGGAUAAAACCUACCAUACCAACGAACACAUUUAUAAUAAUUCUAAAAAAUACAUAUAUGACAAUAAUACAAACUACAAAUGUAAUAAAUCGCCUCUUUUUUCAAAAGAAGAAAAAAAUUAUAAUAAUAAAAAAGAUGAUACACUAUUUUUUAUGAAUUAUAUAAAUUAUAAUGAAAUGCUCGAUAUGAAUUUCUUAGAUUUUGAAAAUAUCCAAUAUCUAGAAUUUUGUCGAUUUAUUUAUCUGUUCCUUUUAAUUUGUGUAGAUAAUUUAAAAAUGUAUAAAAAAAUGGAAAAAUAUUUAUAUAUUAAAAAGAAAAAUAGAAAUACUCAUCAUUAUGUAGAAUAUGAACAAUCUAAAUAUAAUUGUUUUCGUUUUAAUUUUGAUAAAGAUACAAAUAUUUCAUCAGAUGAACAUUCUUUAUCAUCAUCUUUGCCUAGUAGUAAUACAACAUGUAUUAAUGAAAAGUUAAUAUCUAUAAAUAAAAAAAAACAAACGAAAGAGAACAAACAAACGAAAGAGAAUAAACAAACGAAAUCAAAAUAUACUAUCCAUAAUAAUUAUUAUAAUGUAAUAAAAAAGUUUAUAAAAUAUUUACAUAUAAAAUAUACACAUAUUUAUAAAAAUAAAUAUUUAAUACUUUAUUAUCUACAUUCCUUUUAUGACGAGAUUUAUAUAUACGAAUAUAUUGAUCAGAAAAUUAAAGAUGAUAUAGCAUUAAUAAUCAUUAUAUUAUCUUAUACAAUCAAUUUAUAUAAUUUCACAUUUUAUUAUAUCAACAAAUUAAGUCCAUACAAAAAAACACAUAUGACAUAUUUUUAUAGACAUGUAUGUAAACAAUAUCUCAAAAAUGAAAUCGUUAAGAAAUAUACUUCGUAUAUAUCCCUUUUACAAAAUAAUUAUAUAUUAAAUAAUAAAGAAACACAAAAUAUAGAAUUGUCACCACAAACAUUUAGAAACAAACUCAGUUGUAAUAAUGAUCUAUCUUAUUCUCAGCACGCUCAAUUAUUAUCACCUCUUAAUAAAACAAGAAAAGAAGGAAAUGCAAAAAACAUGACACAUAUAAAAAAUGUUGACAAAAAUGUUGACAAAAAUGUUGACAAAAAUGUUGACAAAGAUGUUGACAAAGAUGUAAUACAAGAUCAAGAUAAUAUGAAAUCAAAAAGAAAUAAGGAAUAUAAAUUUGAAAAAUAUUUAUUUAUAAAUAAUUACCUUAAAGAGAAAUUUAUCAAGUUAGACAAAGUUACAAAUAUAUUAGAUAUCAUAUAUAAUAUAAUAUAUCCUGAAAAAAAAAAUUGGGAAUAUAUAAAUGAUAAUAUAAAGGAUUCUAUUAAUGAUUUAUAUAUUUUACAACACAACGAACAAUCAUCUAACAAGUUAAAAUUAAAAUAUGAAUAUUAUAUAAAAGAAGUGAAAUGUAUUUUUAAUAUAUUAAACAAAUAUUAUAAAAUAUAUGAUAAAGAAGAGAAAUGUCAUACUUCAUAUCAUACAUAUCAUAAGAAUAAAAAUAAAAUGUGUAAUAAAAAGAACAACUUAUUACAUAUUCAUAAUAUAAACACGUGUUAUGAAAACUUCUGUAGAUUUAAAAAUAUUAUUCUUUCUAAUGAACAAAUAAAAUUUUUAUUCUGCUUCCAUUCUUUAUAUUUUCCUAUAAAAAAUUUAUUAUUUAUAUCUUUUAUAAAUUUAUUUUAUCAUAAAAAUAUAGAAAGGAAUAUACUCAAGGAUCAUUUCUAUCGUAAUGUUCUUAAAAAUGAGAUGGACAUUAUAUAUGUCUCUAUGUCAAAUUUAAGUUUUAUGAAAAGCACACCACACCAUAAUAAGAAACAUGAAUUUGUUAUGUAUGAUCAUAUGAAUAAUAUAUAUCUCAAAAAGUUUGAUAAAAAGAAGAAAUCAAAACGAGAGCUUAUUCAUCCUAAGGACAAAAAGGAAGACACAUCAUUUGAAAGAUAUAAUAUGUAUGAGAAAGUAAUAAUAUGUAAAAAAAAAAAGACACACGAUAAUUCCCAAAGAAACAACAACAAUAAUAAUAAUAAUGAUGAUGAUGAUAAUAAUAAUAUCUAUGACAAUAAUAAUAAUAAUAAUAUCUAUGACAAUAAUAAUAAUAAUACCUAUGACAAUAAUAAUAAUAAUAAUAUCUAUGACAAUAAUAAUAAUAAUACCUAUGACAAUAAUAAUAACAAUACCUAUGACAAUAAUAAUAACAAUACCUAUGACAAUAAUUUAUUCUUAUCAUAUCUACACUUAUACGAAAAGAAUAGCAUAUCGUUAUAUAAACAGAAUUUAAAAACCUUUGACAAUUUUAACCUAACUCAUAUUAAUUUUAUAAAUGUAUUAUUUAACUUUAUAUUUUAUGAAAAUAUAUAUUUAAUUAAUUUAUACUUAUAUUACAUAUACUUAAUAUAUAAUAUACAAACUCAAAAAAAACAAGAAUUAUUUUGUAAUAAUAAAUGUAUUAAUAGUACACAUUAUAAAGAAGAACAAUAUAAUUACUAUGAUGGUGUAAGAGAUGAAAAUAAUAUAAUAAUAAUGAAGAAUAAAAUAAUGAGUAAUAAAGAUUUAAAUAAUUAUCAAAAUAUAAUAAAUAACAAAAUAUAUAAAAGCAUAAAGAAAAAUAAAGAAAUAAUUUCAAGUACAAAUUAUUUUCCAUUUAUAAAUCUAGAUUCGAAGAAAAAAGGUUCUCUACACAAAAAUGAAUUCUAUUUAAUUUAUAAUGAUAAUAAGAAUAAAAAAUAUUAUUCAUUAGAUAAACAACAAAUAAUACAUAUAAAUAUGAUGAAUUUAUUUUAUUCAUAUAAUUACUUUAAUUUUAAAAAUAUAUUUUUUUAUAUAAACAUAAAUAGAGAAGAUCUUUAUCUUAAUAAAUGUCUCAUGUCUUCAAAUGAAAAAUUAAAAAUCUAUUUGUAUAGAGUCAUAGACAUUUUGAAUGAAACACACUAUAAUAAUAUAUUUAAUGGUAUUCAUAAAAAUUUUUGUAUGAAAAGAAUGACGAACAAAUAUAAAAAAAAAAAAAAAAAAAAAAUUAAUGCUAAUAUGAAUAGUUUAAGCAAUACAUCUAACGUAAACAUCAACAAUAAUAAUAACAACAAUAAUAAUAACAACAAUAACAAUAAUAAUAAUAAUAACAACAAUAACAAUAAUAACAAUAAUAACAACAAUAACAAUAAUAAUAAUAAUAGUAAUGGUAGUAUAAGAAGUAGUGGACAUAAUUUUAUUGAGAAUAAUAGAAAUAAUAGUAAUCAUCAUAAUUAUUAUAAUAUUAUAAAUUCUACAUGUAAAAAGAAAAUUCAAAUUGUACAGAAGAGUUAUUUAAGCGAUUAUAAAAUAUUAAAAGAUUGUUGCUUCUUUUUCGAUACAUUUAAAAUGGACCGAAAUAUUUCUACAUGUUAUUUCCCAAGAAAUAAAGAUCCUGUUUUAGUUUAUUUAAAUAAUUUUCAUAAUUACUAUUUUUCAAAAUAUUAUAAGAAAAGAAAAAUGCAUUUAUUAAAAGAAAAUAACGAAUUGAGAAAAGAAAAAAAUGAUUUAAUAGAUCUUGUUGAUAUGUAUAAUACUUCGGAUAGUUUAGAAAGUGCAUAUAUACAUAAACAUAAAUAUAAUAAAAAAAAUGUAAAUAAAUAUUUAAAAAAAAUAAUAAAAAUGAUGGAACUAGAGAAAUUAGAAGAAAAACAAAUUUUAUUAGAUAUAAAAAGAAAUGAUAAUUUAAAUAAUAAAGUAUUAGAUCUUAUACAUUUAUAUUAUACAUUUGAAAAAAUAUAUAAAAUGAAAUAUUUAUCCAUGUUUCAUAUUAAUCAUAUAAAUAUUUUCCAUAUACUUAAUUCUAUACACUAUGUUCCAAAUAUUAAUUUUAAUAUUAAUUAUUAUCUUUAUGUAUAUUUAUAUGAAUAUAAAAAUAAUAAUACAAGAUUUAGUAAUAAUAUAUCAUUUCAUAAUAAUGAUACCAAUUCUUUAAAUAGAUUCUCACAUACUAAUAACACCGAUAUUUUAGACACAUACAAUCAUAUAUCUACAAAUGCAUAUAUAAAUCAAUUUAAUCAUACAUCUAGAAAUAUUCUAAAUCAUGUAAAUACAAAUGAUACUAACACAAGUAUUAACAAUCAUUAUACGCAUGAUAAUUAUAUUAUUCGAAAUAAUAAUAAUAAUAAUAAUAAUAAUAAUAACUAUAACUUUAAUGAGCCCUCUGAGGUUACUAUGUUUAAUAGGCGCUUGCGUGAGUUUAAUAAUUAUUGGGAUCCUUCCACAAGCGACAACCAAAACAACCAAAACAACCAAAACAACCAAAACAACAAUAAUAAUAAUGACCAUAAUGAUUAUCAUAAUAAUCAUAAUAGUAUUCACUAUAAUCAGACUAACAAUAGAAUAGGAAUACACUCUGGAAUAAGACAUGUGACAUCUAAUAAUUCAAGAAAUAGAAGAAUGAUCAACAAUCAAAAUGGUACAUUUAAUUCAAAUACACAUGUCUCCAAUGUAUCACCUAGUAUUAAUAAUUAUAAUUAUUAUUAUAAUCAUCUAUCUAUGAAUGAAAGAAAUUAUAUAGACAUGUCUAGAAAUGAUUCUAUAAUUAAUAAUUAUAAUGGAAAUGAUCAUCUGGAGGAUAGAAGCCCACGUAUUAAUCGUCUGGAAAAUAACUCAUACUAUGAUAUAUCUCAAGACGGAUAUCUGAUGGCUAAUCCCAAUCAUAACAAUAUUUUUAACAACAAUAUUUAUUAUGAUAACAAUAAUAAUAAUUAUCAUUAUCAAAGAAGUAGUUAUAAUUAUAAUAACUACUCAGGAAGCUUUUUGGAAGAAACACAAAACUUCAACAUCAAUAAUAGACAUCAUAAUCAUCCUUUACAUUAUGAAGAGAAAUUAAAGAAAUUCAAAUAUAAUAUAAAAAAAAGAAAUAAAAGGAAUAUUAAAAAAAUAGAACUCAAAGUGAAUGAUCUGCUCAACUCAUUAAAUGUUCACAUAAAAACUGAUAAGAUGGAAGCUAUUUUUUUAUUAAAUAAAUAUUUUAAAAAAUUAAAUAAAUAUAAAAAAAGAGCAAGGCAUUUUAAUACUAUUGGUAUUAAAGAAUUAGGAAGAAAAAUAGGUAUACCUUCACAUUCUCAAAGUACCGAUCUUUUUGAUAAUAUGUAUUUAAAUAAUAACCAUAUGAACAAUGCUUCUCAGAAUAAUUUUCUUUUCUCACGCGAUUCAUUUAGGCACAGCAGUAUAAUACAGGAUAUAAAUGAAGAAAUUUAUUUAAACGAUCCAAGUGUACAUUCCGAGAGUUCCUCAACAAUUCGCGAUAGCGAUAAUAAUAAUAAUAAUAAUAAUAAUAGUAAUGACAAUGAUGAUAAUAAUAAUGACAAUUAUAAUAAUUAUUAUAACACCAAUCAGUGUGAAUACAUGUCGUAUAACAUAAGUCAAGAUAACUGUUCGUCCAUCCAAAAAGACGACAGCAAUUUUAAUAACAAUUUUAAUGAUGAUGAUUAUCAUAACAAUGGAUUAUAUAAAUCUAAGUCUUCUUACAUAAGAAAUAUGAAUAAUGCUCAUAUGAAUGAUUCGUCUAAUGAUGAAUUUUACUCAAACAACUUUUUAUAUACACCUAAUAAAAAUAUACAAAACGAAUCAUAUAAUAAUUAUAAGAACAAUGAUAUAUCCUUUGAUAAUAUUAAUGGAUUAUCUAGUUUUAAUCAUUCUAUAUAUGAUAGAAGAAAUAGUCAAUUAUCGUUCUUUAAUUAUGAUACUAGUAGACAUCGUAAUAGUUAUGGUUUAGAAAAUAAUCAUAGAUCUAACAAUCAUCAUUUUUAUAUUGGAAGAAGAGAUAGUAGUAUGUCAUUUUAUAUGAACAAUUUUAGAGACUCAUAUAAUAAUAUAAAUGAAAAUAAUAUAAGACCAUAUAAUUAUAAUAAUACAUCUAAUAAUUAUUCAAUUUUAUCGAAUGGGUACAUAUAUAAUAGGUUAUCUAUAAAUUCUAUAAGUGGUACAAAUGGUAUAAUAAACAUAAAUAAUAAUGAUGAUAAUAAUAUUCUUUCACAUAAUAAUACGAAUUAUAAUCAAAACUACCAUAAUAACUACCAUAAUAACCACAAUAAUAACCACAAUAAUAACCACAAUAAUAUCCACAAUAAUAACCACAAUAAUAUCCACAAUAAUAACCACGAAAAUAAUCACAAUAAUAACCACAAUAAUAACCACAAUAAUAACCACAAUAAUAACCACAUUGUGUAUGAUCUCUCCCAUAGUAAUAAUAAUACCCCCAUUGAAGAGUUUCGUCAUAUGAACGCAACAAAUUAUUUACAAAAAAAAGGUUCUAAUAAAAAAAUAGAUUAUUUUGAUUUUACAUUUGAUAAAUUAAAAAGUAUAAAAUUUAAUAAUUUUGUAAAUUCCAAAAUUAAAAAUUUAUUUAAAUUACAAUGCUCUUUAUGUCAAACUAUUUUAUAUAAAAAAAUCGAUUUAUCUUUAUAUGUACAUACAAAUUGUGAAGAAAAUGAUGAUCAUCAUAAUAAUAAUAUAACUUUACUAAAUAUUAUUAAUAAUGAACAUUAUUUAUACAAAUUUUUAAAUAAAAAUUAUAAAUAUUGUGGUACAUAUUACCUUGCUGGUUUUAUUUAUGGAUUAGGAUUAUUACAAUUUUUCCAAAAUAUAAAAAUAUAUUUAUUUAUACAAUAUAUAUUAAAAUUUAAAAACAGAUGCCUAUAUAUAUGUUCCAUACUAGGCUUAUCCUUAUCCCUAAUUAAUUCACAAAAUAAAGAAUUAACUACAAUAUGUCUAAAAUCCAUAUUUAAAGAAAUAUACGAUCAUAAAAAUAUUAAUUAUGAACAUCUCAUAUUUUAUUGUUUGAACGACAAUAAUGAUAACGACCAUUCAGAAAUUCCAAGAAAUCAUAAUAUUAUAUAUGAAACCAGAAGGAAACAACAAAAUUAUAAACCAACAUCUCACAUUUGUAGUAAUAAUAUUGAGUGUACCAAAACAUAUCAUGUUAAGAAGCACGACAAAUGUAAUAAUUCUUACAGUGAACAUUUAUAUAGCGACUAUCAUACUCAUAAAAAAGAUUCUAAUAUAGAUUUAUAUUUUAGAGAUGACCAUAUAAAUCCGUCUCAUAAUAAUAAUUAUAAGGAUGAUAACGAUCCACAUAACAACCUAUGUAAUAAACCAAAAAGGAGCCAUAAAAAUUAUCUCCAUAUGAUUUUUUCAAAAGAAAAUGAAUACACACAGGAAAGUAGUUCCAGCAUCUUUAUUACUAGCGAUACAUCCAGCUCGAAAAAUGUAUUAGAUAGAAAUAUAGGAAGUUCAAAUAUAUACAACAGUAAUAUGAUUCCAAGUAAUGAUGAUAUGAUAAUUAAUCAAUUAAAUACAACCCCAAGUAGAAGUGAUCAUAUUAUAAAUGAUCGCACAAAUAUUCAUCACAUAACAAAUAAUAUACAUAAUACAGAUCCAAAUGUGUUAAUAAUGAAUAAUAAUGUAGAUGAGAAAAAAGAACAUUGUCAAGAAGACCAUGAUAUAAUGUUACUACGGAAUAAUAAAAAUUAUGCUUAUAAUAAUGAUGAUACAAAAAAUGAAUCUAUUAAUAUUCUAGAUACCUAUGAUAAUAUUGAUGAAAUAUAUGGAAAUCUAUUAAAUAUUUCUAUUAAUAAUUCUUUAUCUUCAGGUAUUUCAAAUAUAGAUAAUACUCAUAAUAAUACAUACCAUAAAAAUCUAAAUAAAACAAAAAUACAAAAAGAAAAUAAACGUAGAUGGAGAAAAAUGAAAAAAAAUCAUAUAAAAAAAAAAAUAUAUCUAGAUAAUUUAGUAUUAAGUAGUAAUUUUAUAUGCUUAGGAUAUUUACAUAUGAAUAGUAAUAAUAUAUGUUUAACAAAAUAUAUAUUAAAAUGUUUAGAAAAAAAAAAUUUAACGAAAUUAAAUCUAUUAUCCAUGUUUUGGUCGGUUGGAUCUAUUAACUUUCAAAAUGGUAAUAUAUUUAAUAAUAUUAUUAAGACAUUAUUCUUUUUCAUAAAUAUUAAUAUACCAUAUAAAAUUCAUAAAAAUAAUCUUAUAAAAAAUUACUCAUUAAAAAAUGUAAAUCAAAAUGAUAUAUCAUAUGAUAUUAUGUAUAUGAUGAUAUCUUCAGCACUCUCGAUUUCCUUAACAUUUUUUAAAACUAAUAAUAUCCACGCAUGCAAUAUGAUUUUUAUACCUACACAAAUAGAUCAUACUUAUUAUUUUAAUUACUAUGAAAUAAUGGUAAAGGUAUUUACAAGAAAUAUGAUCAUGUUUGAUUUUAUAGAAUUAUCACAUGAAUAUAUACUUUCCAAUUUGCCUAGCUUUUUAAGAAUACUUCCUUCGGAUUUAAAAAAAAAAAAAACAAAAUUAAAAAAAUACAAUCAUAAAACAAAUUAUCAACAUUGUGCUUGUAAUAAUUCUUGUGAAACAGGUUCGAAAGUUGGUUUCUGUGAAGAAUCUUAUGAAAAAUUAUAUGUAGCAAAUAACAAAUUACCAUAUAUGCAUCUUAUAAAUAAUGAUGGGGAUUUUAAACAAAUAAAUCUUCAAAAUCAAUAUGUAUUUAAAAAUGGUCAUAUUAAUUUAGCACAUCCAUUUAUAUAUAAUGAGAUGAAUAAAACAUACACAAACGGUUGUUAUUUUGUUAUCAGGGAAAAUAAUUACAUUACAUGUUAUAAUAAAAAAAUGAAUCAACCAGUAGAUAAUUUUAGUUAUUUCUUUCAUGGUCUUAAUCUUACCCAGUAUGAUGUGUUUGAUCAUAGCGAAUAUGAGGAAUGCACCUAUCAAGGUAACAAAGAAACUAAAAAUGAUAUAAAUGGAUAUAUAGGAGAAGAUCAAAAUGAAGAUGAACAUAUGAACAUUAAUCAUAACAAUGAUGAAAAUAACGAAAAUAAUGACAACAAAAAAUGUAUACACAUGUGUGGUCACAAAAAAGAUAUAAAUAUUAAUAAAAACUAUUCAAAUAUAAAAUUUAUAAAUCCUUCUUCUGUUACAGAUUCAAAUAUUCAUCAUGUAAAUUAUCAAUAUAAAGAAAAUAUACAUAAAAAAAAAAAAAAAAAUUAUUAUUUUAACCCUUACUGGAAUAAUAAAAGUGAAGAACAUAAACAAUUUCUUAAAAAUUCUACUUUAAUUUAUAAUUGUGAAAUGUUAAGAUAUUAUAUCAUCAUAGGAGUGUUACAAGCUAUGAGCUUAAAAUUUUUAUCAACACAUAAUGAACAAUUCAAAGAAAUAUGUUUAAAUUAUAUUUCUUAUUUUCAAAACAUUAACAAUAAUAUUAAUUGUACAAAAAAAUUACAAAAAUUAUAUAAAAAAAUUAAUUAUCUUGUACAUAAAAUCAAAGAUAAUGUUAAAAGAGAAAAUAUCUUACGUCUCAUUCCAAAUCAUCAAAAUGUUUUCCCAAAUAAUAAUUAUAAUAAACAUAAUUAUAAUAUAUUAAAUAAACACCUGAACGAGUCAGGUAAAAAUAUAACACCACUUGAAAAUAAAAUAGACAAUUUUGACAAAAAAAAAAAAAAUAAAAAUAAUAAUAUUAAUAAUAAUAAUAAAUAUAAUGAUAAUAAUAAUAAUAAUAAUAAUAAUAAUAAUAAUAAUAAUAGUAACAAUAAUAAUAAUAAUAAUAAUAAUAGUAACAAUAAUAAUAAUAAUAAUAAUGAUGAUGAUAACCCUUUAUAUUAUGAACAUAAAUUCUCUGAUAUAAAAAUACAACAACCCAAUACACCUACUCAAAGGAGUAACAAAAAAGGAUGGAAUUUUACUGACUCGAUUGAACACUCAAAUAAUAUUUAUUUAAAUGAAGAGAAUGUAGAAAACGAAGGAGAGAAAAAAGAAAAAAAACAAUUAAAAGGAAAUGAAAAAAAUAUUAAUCAUCAUUAUAAUAAAAAUCAUAUAAUGUAUUGUAACAACAAUGAUAUUAUCUAUGAAGAGACAUAUAAAUUAAUUUUGAAAUAUGUUCAAAAAAUUAAAAAAGUUCGUAAAUAUUUAGAAAUGAAUAAUUACAAAGGUCAAAAUAAAAAAUUUAUAAAUACUAUUAUAAUAAAUAACCUAAAAGGAAAUGAUGAUUUUUCAUGUAUGUAUAAAAUAAAAGAACAAGAUAUUAAUGAUCUUAUUAAUUUGAUCUAUCAAUGUCUAUCGUUUGUUUUUGUUGGUAGUUGUGAUCAAAUAUUAAAUAGAAAAAUUAAAAAGAAAAUAAAUAAUAUAAUUAAUGUAAGAGAUAAAAAUUCAAAUAAUCUUUAUUAUUAUUAUUUAGGAUAUAUUAAUUUAGGACAUGGGAAAUGUAUAUUAAAAAAAGAAACAAAUAUAUCUAUAUGCACAUUAACAUUAAUUUUAUUUAGUUUUUUACAUAUAUAUGAUUUAUCAUCUCAUUUUAUCAUACACCUUAUUGAAUAUUUAUAUGUUCUAUUAAUUCAAAAUAGAUCUGUACAAACAUAUGAUAUUACUAAUCAUCAUUUUGUUAACUUACCUAUCCAUAUUAUAUAUAAACAGGAACAAUCAUCAUAUAUCUUAAAACCAUAUUUUACUAAAAAAUAUCAACUAAUCAAAAUGAUAAGGAAUGUUCAAAGUAAUCAAACAUAUUAUUUAUACAAAAAUUUUCAUCUUACAUUUCAUAAGAAAAUUAUAAAAAACCCAUGUGCCAUACCUUUAGUUGAUGUAAUCAACAUUUCGAUAUUUAAUGAAAACUACUAUGAAGUAAGUCUAACAAAUAUGAACACAUGCAAUAUUUUUAGAAAUACAUUUAAUAUUUCAAUGUGUGAUAUAAUAAAUAAUAUUAUUAGUAAGGGAAUUUUAUUUGUAAAGAAAAGAGAAUGUAACAAUCAAUAUUCUUCAUAUUAUAAUAAUUCUAUAUUAUUAGAUAAUACCAAUAUUCAUAUGUCUGAUCACCAACAUAUAUUUUCCUCCUAUAAUCAAACCGGUGAAGAUACAAAGGAUAAUAUAUAUAAUACAGAUUCUACUAAUUGUAUAGAUACUUAUAAGUAUCAAGAAAAAGAAAAAAAAAAAAAAGAAAGAAAGAAAAAUUCAUCAAAAGAUAUAAACAAACUUACCAAAUAUAUAACACAUACAAGUCAUCAUAUAGACAAUACUAUUAAAAACAACAUACCUUUUGAUAUAUACCAAAUAAAUAAGAAUCAUAAUAAACAAAUAUUAAGAAAUAAGCUCAUAGAAUUUAAUAAUGUUAAUACAAAUCAAUUAAAUAUAUCCAAAUUCUUAUUAGAAAUUAUAAAAUUUUAUGAUAAAAAUUAUUCUAUAUUUACAGAAGAAGCCCUAUUAUUAUAUCAAAUUAAAAAUACAUACAUGAAUAAUAAUAUCAAUGAAAUUAUUUUCCUAAAAUAUUAUAUAAAAAUAGAUGAACAAAAAGAUAAUGUUAUACAUUCUAAAGAUGAUAAUAUUAUAUUUCAGCAGAAGUUUGCAAAACUAUUUUUAUAUUCUAAUGAACAAUUUAAUAAAAUAUUUUUUAUAAUUAAAAAUUAUAAUAUCCAAAAUAUGGACCAUAAUCAAUGUGAUAUUGAAACGGAUCAACAAAUAGAUGAAUAUACAGAUGAUGGAAAAAAAGAAACAAAAAAAGAAACAAAAAAAGAAACAAAAAAAGAAACAAAAAAAGAAACAAAAAAAGAAACAAAUAUAAAUAAAAUAAAAAAUAUACAAAAUAUACAAAAUAUACAAAAUGUACAAAAUGUACAAAAUGUACAAAAUGUACAAAAUAUACAAAAUGUACAAAAUGUACAAAGUGUACAAAAUGUACAAAAUGUACAAAAUGUACAAUAUAUACAAAAAGUGCCAAAAAUAAAAAAUAUAAUUAAAAACAAAAAACUCAUUCAGAAAAUUUUUUUUCAUCUAUUAAAUUAUUAUUAUACUACAAAGAAACAUAUAUCAUAUAAAUAUGAAAACAAAAAUUUAUUUUAUAAUGAUUAUAACACAUAUAAUUUAAUUUUGACUCCACCAGUUCAAGAUAGCCAAAAAAUGGAAGAUGAUAUUCAAACACAAAAAGGUAAUAUGAAUAAAGAAGAAAAAGAUUUAGAUGGAAAAUUAAAUGACCAUUCAAAAAUUUUGAAAAUGAAAUAUAAGGAACACCAACAUACAGAAAUAAAAAACAAACAAUUAUAUCCAAACACUUAUAAUUAUUUUCCCGUUUUAAUUAUUAACAAUAUUUAUAAUAAAAAACAGUUCAAAAAUAAUAUAUAUACUUUAUGUUAUAAAACAGGUGAAAAAAAUGAUAUAAACUUUUUUCAUGAUAUCAAUAGAUUAUUAGUUCAAUUUUCCAUCAAUCGAAUUAAUACCUAUAUUAAUUCUCAACUAGCCAAAGAAAUGUAUGAUAAGUUUUAUUAUUUUUUAUUAAUACAAAAUUUACAUAUAGACAAAAAUAUACCCUAUUUAUAUAUACUCUCAUAUAUAUAUAACUCAUUCUAUUCCUUUUAUGAUUUUUUCUAUCAAUAUUGGAAAAAAAAUCAUUUAAAUAAUUUUAAUAAAAUGAAAAAUAAUGAUGAUUUCAAUGUACAAAUUAAUGAACAAAUUAAUUAUAAAAAGGAAAAAAAAAAACCUGAACUGUUCAGAAAAAACAAAAGCCAAAAAAAAAAAAAAAAAAUUAUAUAUGAUUUACAAUUUUUUCAUUAUUUUAUAAAUCAUGAAAAAACAAAUAAAAAAAAUCAUGUAAUAAUAAAUGAUAAGAAUAUAAACAAAGCAUUAUAUAAUAAGGGUGUAUUUUCAUCUACAAAUAAUAAUAUUGAAAAGAACAAAAAGGACAAAUUAACAAUUAAAUCGUCCAUAUGUGUAGACAAGAAAAACAAAAAUGAAUAUAAAACAAAUGAAAAAGUCAUUUCAUCAAAUAAUAUACAAGAGAAUAUUGAUCAAAGAACAAAUAUUACAUAUUUCCCCGAUCAAUCUACAAAUAAAUAUAAGGUGGAUAAUUCAUUUGACACUUUAAAAGAUUUACAAUGUCAUAAUUAUGAAUAUCUAAAGAUAAUGGAAGGCAUAUAUAAACAUCACUCUUCACUUCAAAAUAGUAAUAGCUUGAUAAAAUAUUUGCCGUUUUUUAAUAAUGACUACUAUUUUGUAUAUUUUCUUGAAAAAAAUAUUAAAUUAAUUAAAACAAUUUUCAUACAAUAUUAUCAUAAAGGAUAUAUAAAAAAACCUAUACUUUUUCAAACAGAAAUAAUACCUAUAAGAACAGCAAAUCAUUUUAUUGAUUUAUUUACACAAUAUUGUAACUUCCCAAGAUAUGACGUUUUUUGGAAUUUAGUUAUUAAAAAAGAAGUAGAAAAUUUCCUGUACCUACCACAAUUUAGGAAUUCUUAUGAUUAUAAAUAUAAUAAGUACAUAUAUUCACUGUUCACUAUAAAUAGUAAUUAUUAUCAUAAUAAUUAUUACACAUGUAAUAAUUAUGAUAAGAUUUAUCAUAUCAAAAGGUAUUACAAAAUGAAGCGCAAACAUAAAAUUACAAGAAAGGAACCAUCACAAGCAUUUUUCAAAAAAAAUAUAAAUAAAAUAUUUAAUAGAAAUUUUAUCUAUAAUAUAUAUUAUCGUUAUAGGAUAGAUAUAACACAAAGUAAAUUCUUCAAAUUUAAUAAGAAGCAAUUUAAUAAGGAUGAUCAAAAAUAUAAAUUUUAUUUAUAUAAUGAACAUAAUAAUUUUCUAAUCAAAAAAAUGAAAUCACAAUGUAUUUAUAAAAUAAUCAAACAUAAAAAAAUAAAUAAAAAGAAUUCUCUUUCUUCAAUUAAACAGAAAAAAAAAUAUAUAUAUGGAUAUAAUACAACACAUACAAAUUUAAUAUUUAAACAUAUUUUAAAUAUAAUAAAAAUAAAUUUUAAAAAUAAACCUUGUCAACUUAGAAUAUUUUUAUUAAAAAGUUAUAUUGAAAACAAUACAUUCAAUAUAUCUCAAUUCUUUAAAUAUUGGUAUCAGAAAAGUCAAAGUCUUUCAAACAAAAUUAUUGACACAUCUCAUAUUACCUUAAAUUCAAAAUAUAUUCAUUUGCUUUUUACAGAUAUUUUAUUUUGUUUUUUCAUAGGAAAUUUAUAA